UGAGUGCACCAAGGCUGGGACCCAAAACACCCCUACCCCGCCUCCAUCACAGAUUCAUUGUGACUCACGUGCACGCUGGACCCCUCCUCCUCGGGGAAACACGCGACACACCCCUACUCCACCGGACAUCACAACAUCCGCCACUCGCAACUGACUGUACCAAUGAAAGAGUUAAACGCAUCCCUGCUCAUAGCGCGCCGCUCGGCGGGGCUUAGUUAGGCGACCGGGGCGCUGCAGAGCUGGCGGACCACGCGCACAGCACCGGUUAAACACCAACACCAACUUCCAUCGCGGUGAUCGCCACCCAAACAAUGGCGGAACAAACGGAAAUAACAAGUGAUUCGGGAUCGCGCAGCGGCGGCGUUGCGUGGUGCUACUACUCCUAAACCGCCGAGGAGGCAGCGUUGGCAAGGCGGCGAGGCGGCGACGGGCUGUGGCUGCAGAACACAUGGAAGGGCAGCAGAUGUUUUACGAGAUGGAGAACCCUAGCGAGAACCCCAGCAAGGCCACGGAGUAUCUGCAGGAGCUGAACCGGAUCAUCGAGACCCAGCAAGAGCUGCUGGAGAAGCAGCGGGUGCGCAUUGAGGAGCUGGAGGUGCAGGUGACGGGUCUGUGCAAGGAGAACGCCUGCCUCACGGAGCAGCACCAGCGGCACCUGUCCACCUGCCGGCUCCUGCAGCAGGGGCCCAACAGCCACUCCACGCUGGGGGCCAUCAAGGAGCAUGUGUUACAGGAGAAAUGGCCAGAUGCUCGGGUUGCGGUGGAACACGGGAAGGGCAAGGACGCCUGGGGUGUGACCACAACGCUUUCGUUCUGA